CGCAGCUCUCCCAUCGUACUCGCAGCUGUUCUGUCAGUUUGCUGCAAGCAGUCUCGGUGCGAGUGUCGUGAAAAAACGGUUAAACAACCCCAUUGUACGCAAUGUCUUGGUGAUUCGUGUGAGCAAUGUUGUACAUUUUGCCGCCCCCGAGGACCCCGAACCCGCCGUCCCCAUGGGAGAGCAUCCUGUUCUCCGGCGGCGGCGGCGGCAGCGCCAACGGAAACACUUCGUGGAAGCCCCCAAGGGUGCGUCUUAGGCCCAAAGAGGGAUCGACCGGACCGCAAGAUGACAACAUGGACACGAACCGGACCCCGAAAAGCCUCAGCGAGUGUUACUUCGCGGGCAAGGGUACAGCCUUGGUGCUGCCGGCCGCGGAGGCGCAAAAAUCCAACAGACGGACGGACGCCCAAGGCAGCAACAUCAGGAAACAUCUCCAGUCGAUCGUCGAUCUUUUGCGACCGGAGGAAACGCUCAAGAUGGCCGUCAAGUUGGAAAGCGUCCAUGCGUCUCGAGUGCGCUACCUGGUGAUCGUCUCCAGGAUGGGCAAGCGCGGCGAGGAGUCGUGUCUUUUAGGCAUCGAUUGCAACGAAAAAACCACCGUGGGGUUGGUGCUGAAGGUUAUGGCGGACACGGCCAUACGAUUGGACGGCGACGGGGGCUUCAGCGUGAGCGUUUGCGGCCGCCACCACAUCUUCAAGCCGGUGUCCGUCCAGGCGAUGUGGUCGGCCCUGCAAACCUUGCACAAGGUCAGUUCGAAAGCCCGAGAACAGAAUUACUUCCAAGGUGGUCUGACCCAUGACUGGGUCGAAUAUUAUGAAAAAAGAAUCGAAUCGGAUAGGUCUUGUCUCAACGAAUGGCAUGCGAUGGAUAAUCUCGAGUCCAAAAGACCGCCGUCGCCCGAUUCAAUAAGGACUAAACCAACGGAACGGGAGGAAACCGAGCGGGUGAUAAGGACGACCUUGAAGGAAAUUAUGAUGUCUGUGGACUUGGACGAAGUUACGAGUAAAUAUAUAAGGACGAGAUUGGAGGAGGAUCUCGAUAUGGACUUGGGAGAGUACAAGAGUUUCAUCGACCAGGAAAUGUUGACGAUUUUGGGUCAGAUGGACGCACCGACGGAGAUUUUCGAUCACGUUUACUUGGGUUCCGAAUGGAACGCUUCAAACUACGAAGAGUUACAAAGGAACGGCGUUGGCCAUAUACUGAACGUGACCCGAGAAAUCGACAAUUUCUUCCCUGGCACCUUCAAUUAUUUCAACGUUCGCGUUUGUGACGACGAAAAAACCGACUUAUUGAAAUACUGGGACGACACAUUCAAAUACAUCACGAGCGCGAAACAGAACGGUUCGAAAGUCCUCGUCCAUUGCAAAAUGGGCGUGAGUCGAUCGGCAUCGGUCGUAAUCGCGUACGCCAUGAAAGCGUACAAUUGGGACUUCCAAACGGCAAUGCAUCACGUCAAAGAGAAAAGAACGUGCAUAAAGCCGAACACGAGUUUCUUGUCGCAAUUGGAGACCUAUCAGGGCAUCUUGGACGCGAUGAAAAACAAGGAAAAACUACAGAGAUCCAAGUCUGAAACCAACUUGAAAUCGCCGGAUAAUAAACCGGACAAGAUUCUUCCGGGCAGCGAGCCGACUCCCAUAGUCCAAGCCUUGCCGAGAUACGUUGCUCUCUCCGGCCAAGACUUGAGGAGUUUAGGCACGCGGCCGAAAUCCUGGUCGCCGGAUAACCAGUCGAAAGAAGCGGAAAAAUCUCCGGUUUCGGUCUCUUUGGAGGAUCUCAGUCAAAAAUCCACUUCCAAAGAGAGCAUCAUCAAGGAGAAAAAGACUCAACGCCACGUAUUAAUGCCCUGCGAUAACGGGGAAUCGUACAGUGUGUCCCCGAAUCGCAUCGUGCACCUCACCCACACGGAAAUUCCGUCGGUGAAGGACCGCGUCAGCGAGCUCGAAUCGAACAAAGAAGCGGACAAGUCGCCCCCGAUGCCACCACGCGUCUUGAAAAAAGAGUGGGACCCCGGCGAUGACGACAAAAAGACGACGUCUUCCUGCAACAGUACAAGUGAUUCCUGUGAUUCCCGGACUGAUAGUGUAGUGAACAACGGUCAAGUGUGGACUAGUUCGACUCAAGUGAAAAACCUCUCGGAUAGUGCUGUGCAAACUAGUGUUAAGGAUCCGUUUUCGAAUCAACUGGACCGGGUUUUCGACCGCGAGGAGAAGAAACAACAAAGGAUCUCAAUCGUCGAAGUGGCGAACCCUGAGUUGAGGGAAUGUCCGUCGAGACAGAGUUCGUGGAGUUCGUACGACAGUGCGGUGGCGCUGGGGUCGCAGAACGAGGUCGCGUUGUCAAGGCAUAGCUCGUGGGGGUCGGGAGAUACGCGCUUGUUACCUUCGAGGAAUAGCUCCUGGGGCUCGUACGACAUGAAGCCGAGAGGCCCCGUACAUUAUCACAACGAAAAGGGGGAGAAGAUUUUACACGAAAGUGGCACUUCGGGGAUUUUUCCCUACGAUAAAGAGGACAUUCCUUGGCAUCCGGGAACGGUCAAAAGGACAAAACAAAAAUUGGAGGAAAACAACAUGACAAAAUCAUCCUCGUCGGAAACCCUCUUCGAAUACGCGACCGAACAAGACAAGCAACCGGUGGAAGCGAUCAAUCGAAGUCUGGUAGUCUUGUCUCCGAGUGCCAUAUCACCGACUAUCAAAAUUCCAGGCGAUGACAGCAAAAGCAAGAGUUUGUCGCGGUUGUCCGUCAGCGCUCCAGAGCCGUCAUCAAUGGACUUGGUCCCUGCGGACUGUUCUCUCUCCAAAUCGGCUUCAAACGUCACAAAUACAACCCCCGGAAUCGUCCGGAGUCUUAAGAAAGAAUUCGAAGCGAAAACCAGCACAAACCCUGAGCCGGAAACGGGAAAGAACAAAGUGACGAGUCUGCCGGCGUCGCCUGUAACCCUCCACCAGGACAAGGAGAAAGUCGACGAAAUGAACUUUAAGAAUUUGUUAGGUUUGUUCGAGAACAACAAAGAAGCACAAGUGGCCAAGCGCUCGAAAAGCGCGAAAGCGUUGAUUCCGCGGACCGCGCGCUACUCGUGCGUUGAAGUCUCCAAGUGGAAGAACGACAAAAUGACGGAAAGACCGACGCCGGUGGUGCGGACGGCGCCCCCGUGUCUUGUGGCGUCGGUGAUUGCGAGCGCCACAAAGAAACAGCAGCAGUACGGCAAAAGCCAUCCGCUUGCCCGGCUGCCGAUCAAACCAAGGCACAAUAAUACACUUUACAACACUAUUUCCGAUCAAGCUACCGGAGCCGUAAUCGAAAACUUGCAAGGGCUUUUCAGUUUGAAACGCACAGGUCAGGACUUCGGUCCCUCUCGCAUUGAUAUCAACUCCUUCGCCGCACAUGUGCACCCCCGAAAUGUGUCUUAUGGCAUGGGGCUGCCGCAAGUCCCAAAAGUGCACCACGUCGUCCCAGCCCCCAAAAAGAAAAAUAUGAAACGUGGAAAACCACAACAGGAGAUUUACAGACCAGGCAGUGGACCUUUAAGAAAAUCAAACACAGGAAACGAAGAGUCUGACCCCGACCUAAACCUCAAACCUAAGCCUUACACACACGAUGACAAGUACAAACCGGAAACAAUAACCGAACCGCACCGCAAGCCGCGCAAACCGGAGCAAAUGAUUUACGUCCCGAGGGCGGUGGCAAACGCCCGCGAGAUGUCUCAAGACAACGACAGACACGCCCUUAACGGCAACUUCGACGGGUUCACCCCCCGGUCCAAGCGGUACUCCAGCCGGCGGCGAGGGGGCGGCGAAAACGACCACGACGAGUGGCGGCAGAUGCGGCAGGGCUCGGAGCCGCGGGGCGUCUCCAACGGGGCCCACUCGCGCAUGCGGGACACUCGGAGCGUGGAGCCGACGGGGCCGCCGCCCCGCAACUACGAAAAAGCCCACCCGAAGCCCCCCAGCGGCCGCCGACACAGCACGAUCGGCGUGGAAUCGGAUAAAAGGCCCCCUCAUAAACCGAUUAACGUCGAUAAACUACCCCCAAGACUGCGCAAAAAAAUGCUAGAAGACAAUAAACUGAACCAAGCGGUGGAAGAUGACUGGAACGGCGCGAGUUUGACGUUUCAAGGCAGUAGUAAUUAUCACCCAGUUGGGGGGUACUACCCCAACACAAACCAAAACUACUAUCAAAAUAUGGGGUAUUGUACUUUGCCGAACCGCCACAGGGGUCGUGGGCGUUUGCAGCAAGAGGGCGAGUACAGGUCGAGAACCCCAGAUUUGGGGAUUUCGAGUCCAUGUAAUUCGAGGCCUCCGACGCCCCCCUAUGGUAGGACUAGAAGCAACGAUAAUUUGAAUAGGGUGGAUAGGCCGGCAUCGCCGAGGAAUUACGAUUAUAGGCGCAAUGGGCGCGAGAGGAAUAAUAGGAGGAAUUAUGCGAGGAAUAGGGAUGAUAGGAGAAAUCAAAAUUAUGAAGUGCAAGAAGAAAACUGGGAUGAGGAGGAGAGAGUGAGUCAGAAGGUUGAAACACGGGAAAGUACACCACCGGUAACGCCCCCAACGCCAGAAGAAAAAAUCAAAAUCACAGUUCCUAGCAGCAGCAAUACGAUUUUGGAUUGGAGCGAAGAAGUCGAACUACACGACCAGCUUGAAGCUGAAGCUUUAAGCGACGCAAUGACACGAAGUUCAUCCGUAGCUAGUUUAGUCGACAUUAGUGUCAAAUCAAUGCCUCCGAAUAUUAACAAUCAAAAAAAAUCAAAAAGACGCUCUAACCGCCGCAAGGGGCGCAGCGGCAGCCGCCCCCGCGACUCCAGCCUCGACAACCCAAAAUCCGCCCCUCGCGACACCACCUUCCGCGCCCCCCAGGAGCCCCGAGGCCGUCGAAACCGGCGCCAUUCGCGCGACCGUCGCGAUUCCAGCUACGACCGACGUUCGCGCAACCCCAGCCGAGACACCAGCUUCGACCGCAACCGACGCAGUUCCACCACCGAGCCGGAAAACUGGCGCGAGGAAAUUCGCAGUCGGCAAAACUCCGAACGCGAGUUUUCCGACCGAAGCAGACGCAACUCGGAACGCGAAACGGAGAAGAUCAACGUGAAAAAAGCCGGGGUCUUGAUCCUUCCACCGAAACAACAAGACGUUGCUGUGACUCACGUCGACCAACCGCGGUACCCGGAAGUCCGGAAACCCUGUCAACAGAAGAGUCUCUUCGAUCAUAAUAAUCCCAGCAAACCGAUCAUUGUUAAAUCGCAAAGUUCGAGGGUCAGUGUGCCCGGAUUUUCCGACAAUACGGAAACGACGCCCCCCCAGAUGUACACCACUGAUCAGUUCGGGAACAUCAGACCGGGGUGGUACGACGAAAACUCGGAAAGUUUUAACUCGUGCCAUUAUCCUAACUUAAUCAGAGACAUAAAGCGAGCCGAUAAUGAACUACAGUACAUCAUGAAUUCGGGUCAGAUUUUGAUAAAUUGGGGCACGGUCGAGUCGCUGAGACAGUUCCUGAAAGAAGCCCUCCAGUACGUAUUGUGCAAGGACUUGAAGUUUUGUGAGGCGGAAAAUGUCGAGCAACACUUGUGGAAAAUCCUCUACCACAAUAUUAUCGAAGUGACCCGGAAGGCGAUAACAAACGAUCCCGGGAAUAAGGAACAGUACAAGGGAUUUUUGCUGUAUUUGAUCGACGAAGGCACGAGUUAUUUCGAGGGUUUGCUGGACUCGUUAGAAGAGACUUACAAAUUCAAACUGAGCAAUUUUUUGGGUAACAAUAACAAUGCGCAGAAAGGUUUGGGUUACGUGGGACUUGCCUUAAUUUCCGCCCAGAAGUUGCUCUUGUUUUUGGGCGAUUUGGGCCGAUAUCGCGAACAAGUCAACGAAACCUCGAAUUAUGGAAAGUGCCGCCAGUGGUACAUCAAAGCGCACGAAAUUAAUCCGAAAAAUGGCAAGCCCUAUAACCAACUGGCGGUACUUGCGGUGUAUGCUAGGCGAAAAUUGGACGCUGUUUAUUACUACAUGAGGAGCUUGAUGUCGUCAAAUCCGGUCCCUUCCGCUCGGGAAUAUUUAAUUUCGUUGUUUGACGAAAACAGAAAAAAGUAUCUUCACCAAAUAAGCUACGAACAGGGCGAACGCAAGCGGCGCGAAGAGCGUCUCGAGCGCACCAAACAACACAUGAAACAGAAAGAGUCCGAAGAUCCGGAAAACACGCCCGGAUCGCUCCGGCACGAGACCUGGAUUCGUCCGGACGGCGGGCGUCGAGUCCAUCGGACGACGCAAGCCGUUCAAGAACAACAAGACUCAGAAGAGGAGGACUUGGCGGCGCUGUCGAGCGUCGAAGUCAACAAGAGAUUCGUUAUCAGCUAUCUGCAUGUCCACGGAAAGCUAAUCACGCGCAUUGGAAUGGAGAGUUUCCAGGAGGCCGCCAUGCAGAUGCUAAAGGAGUUUCGGGCGUUGUUGCAACACUCUCCCGUGCCUUUGCCCUGCAACCGAUUCCUGCAGUUGCUGGCGCUUAACAUGUUCGCCAUCGAAAGCACCCAAUUGAAAGAUCCUCAGCUGCAGAUGCAGGCGGGUUAUCGCUCCGAGUUACAGGAGCGUGCCCUUGUCGUAUCUCUGCAAAUGUUCAAUUUGAUACUAGAGCGUUGCGUUUCGCUCCUGCAGGAGAGCAACCCAGAAAAUCUCAAUUCUCUGCACCAGGACGUUCACGUUCUCUUACCGGCCGUGAAAAUUUGGUGCGAUUGGAUGCUUUGUCACUCGGCGGUUUGGAACCCACCACCGUCCACUCAGGAUUUCCGAGUCGGGAGUUCGGGUGAUGCAUGGUCGCGUCUCGCGACACUGAUGAACAUCUUGGAGAAGUUAGAUCAGACAUCAGUCAACGCCCUCGUCUCGGAUUAUCAGGAAGGUUACGAACAAGUCAAGCUGCCAGAGGACAUUGUCUUGAAUGGUUUUACGCCGCUGAUGGUGAACGAGCCCGAUAUCAGCUACGCGCCCAAAGAUUUGGACGUCGAAGUGGCACAGUUCGCCUUGAGGAUGAACAAAUUGCUAUUUUUCGGAACGGUUUUUUUGUGCGGCUUGGAACCGCCCGUUUUGAAAUUGGAAAUUGAAGACGAUUUUAGGGAGUACGUCUCGGUGGUUUGCACGUCGAAUAGUAGAGAAUCACCGGUGACGGCGCAGGAUUUGGUUCGCAACAACGACGUCCUGAUGGAGAGUUUCAGCGACGAAGAGGAGGAGGAGAUUUUGAGCGGUCCUGGCGAGGAGGCACCGUCUGAAGUUCGGGAAUUGUUACACCGCAAGGUGGAACUCGAGAGGACCCACAGGCGACAAGAAUUACACAAACAACGUGUAAAGAAAAUCUUGAGCCAGGCCGUGGUCAGCGUGCACAUCGAGGUGCGUCCCAAGUACCUCGUGCCCGACACCAACUGCUUCAUCGACCACCUGGACCCCAUCACCACCAUAACGUCUUCACACGUCUACACCCUCAUGGUGCCCAUCGUCGUAUUGAGCGAACUGGAGGGUUUAAGUAGGGGCGGAAAAUCGCCAAUACCGUCAACACGCAGCAUGCUAGAUCCGCAACAUGUGAGAAAAGUUGCACAAGCCGCGAAAAGAGCGUUGAAUUUUCUCAAGAGUCGACCGCAAGCUGUGAAAUGCGUUACGACGAAAGGAGCGGUUUUGUCGUCGACGACUUUUACGACUGAAGAUGAUUCCAUGUUGGACGCAACGUUCAAAAACGACGAUAAGAUUUUAGCCACGUGUCUGGUUCUAAGCAAGGGACACAGGGAGCAGCAACAAAUUGCGGAAAACGAACCUAAGAAAUUAGUAAGCGAAGUCGUACUUUUGACGGACGACCGAAACUUGCGCGUGAAAGCAUUAGCAAGAGACGUGCCCGUGAGGGAGCUCUUAGAUUUCAUGCAGUGGGCUGGAUUAGGAUGAACCUCGAAGAAUCUCAGGCGCUAAUAUGAGCAGUUUCUAGAAACAAGGGCGAGAUCUCGAGAUAACGAUUUAUGACCUACGUACUUCUCACCUAGACAAGAGUUUUCUGUACUUGUUUAAGUUAAAUUAAUCGUUGUAGUUUAUUUAAUUUAGCGUGGGGUUUGAUGUCACCCUCUUAACUGUUUCACACGUUUUUCAAUCGGGUUGUGAGAUGUUGCAUUCCUCGUGUCUCCCGAUUAGAUCACGCAUACACCGUCACAAAAUUAGCGCAUCGUGCCAUUGUUUUUUCUAAUUAUAUUUAUGUAAUUGAUUUUUUAUAUACAUAUUUAUCCCUCUCAGACGUUGAGUUUUAUUUUUCUCUAGCACUUAGUGAGAUAUUGUAUGUACUUAUUUUAAUUUUUUAUAAUCGUGUUAUGCACACUCUAAACCGAUUGCUUUCCCGGUGUAUUCAAAAGGAAGGCGAAGACUCCGGGAACGCAAUUGACUUGGAGCGUAACAUUUUGUCUUAAUCCCUAAUGAAUUAAUUAAUUAAUUAAAAGAUUUUAACUUAAACGCUGUAUUUAGGAUUUAUACAAUUAUACGAACUGUUGUUAAUUAUUGCAAUUGUUUUGCUCAGGAAUUUAUUGUACAUAAAUAAAUAAUAUGAUUACGUA